UAGGUAUUAGCCAAUUUCAACGUAAAAACCUGGUAUCUGUAUAUCUGUAAUCUGCAUCCCGGACGAAAGGACUUUUUGACCGAUUACCCUGUAAUUUUUAUAUUGUAGUUUGUUAAUCUUUAUGGUCACAUAAAUGGUACACAUUUUAUCAUUAUCUAAAUAUUACGGUUUUCCGUUCAAUUAUACCUGUACAUUAAUACAAGUUUGCGUUAGUGUGCUUUAUAUCGCGCAGUGAGUCGUACGCUUUUAAAAAUUAUUAACUAACUAUACCUAAAUCUGUUAGUGUGCUUUAAAUAUUUUAACUUGUAAAUUAAAAAAAAAAUUAUAACAUGCCAUUGGAGUUUGUAAAAAGUCAACGGGGAAAAGAUCUCCUUGUUCAUGGUGGAUUUAUUUAUAAAAAAGAUAGAGAAGGUAAAGAAAAAAUGAUAUGGAGAUGCAACGAAAUUAAAAAUUGUCCAGGACGAGCGCAUACAAUGCAAGGAGAUAUAAUAAAAUCCAUAGAUCAUAAUCAUGUACCAGACGUUGCAAAAAUUGAAGCUAAGAAAACUAUAAAUCUAAUUAAGGAAUAUGCAACAACAACAGUAACAACUACGAGAGCUAUACUGGGAGAAACGUCAGCACAGUUACCAUGUGCAGUGGUAGGACAGCUACCGAAUAUUAAAUGCUUGAAGAAAACAAUACAGCGGUCUAGAAAAAUGGUGGAAGCCAGUCCUGCAAACCCUCAAUCAUACAAUUUUGAAAUUCCAAAUAAAUUCCAAAUUACGUUAGACAGUGAACAAUUUUUAUUAUUUGACAGUGGCGAUAAUGGUAAUUAUGACGAUCGGAUUCUAUUAUUUUCAACAGAAAAAAGUUUAAACGUAUUAAGAAAUUCGGAUCAUUGGUUUUCGGAUGGAACGUUUUCAUCUUGUCCAAAUUUAUUUGGUCAAUUAUAUACGAUUCAUGCAGUUUACUCUGGUGAAAUAAUACCGUUAGUGUAUGUUUUGUUGCCCGAUAAAAAAGAAGUAACGUAUAAUAAAAUGUUUCAAGCAUUAAAAUCCCUUAAGUUUGAUUUAUGUCCGAAAUCAUUUACAACAGAUUUUGAAAAAGCAGCAAUGAACUCUAUCAAAAUUGAAUUUCCAAGUACAGAAAUACAUGGCUGUUUUUUUCAUUUUAGUCAAGCAGUUUGGCGAAAAAUUCAAAACUACGGAUUGACAACAAAAUAUAUAGAAGAUGUAAAUUUUGCAUUACAAGUUCGAAAAUUAAUAGCGCUUGCUUUUAUACCUAUUGACAAAGUAGUUAAUUAUUUUGAAGUUUUGUUGGAGAGCGAUUUUUAUAUGGAAAAUGAAAAUAUGUUAACUCCAUUAAUCACCUAUUUCGAAACUACGUGGAUCGGAAUUUUGGACAGGAGGGGUCGACGUCGAAAACCACAAUAUCCUAUCGAAAUAUGGAACUGUUCAGAGCGUCUUGAAUCUGAUCUGCCGAGAACCAAUAAUAGUAUUGAGGGCUGGCAUAAUGCAUUUUCGGCAUUAAUAAAUUGUAAAAAACCAGUCAUAUGGAAGUUUAUAAGUGCAUUGCAAAGAGAUGAAAGUUUGACAAAGGUAAUAAAAGAACAAUUAAUUGCUGGGUAUGCACCAACUAAAAAAAAGAAGUACAAAGACUCAUCCAAAAGAUUAAUUCAAAUAUGUACAAAUGCAAGUGACUUUACAAUCGACGAAGUGCUUCAAGGGAUUGCGCAUAAUUUAAAAUUUUAUAAAUAG